AUGGCAGGCAGCGCGGGUGCCGGUGCAGCCGAGGGUCCGUUCAGGUGCUCGCAGUGCGGCAAGGGCUUCAGCCGCUCGUCCAACCUGCUGACCCACCAGCGGGUCCACACCGGCGAGCGGCCCUUCGCCUGCCCCCUGUGCGGCAAGGACUUCGCCCAGUCCUCCCACCUGCUGCGGCACCGGCGGGUCCACACGGGCGAGCGGCUCUUCCCCUGCCCUGUCUGCGGCCGGCGCUUCGCCCAGUCCUCCCACCUGCUGCGGCACCGGCGGGUCCACGCCGGCUCGGGGCCCCGAGUCUGCCCCGAGUGCGGGCGGCGCCUCGCCGGCCCCGGCGAGCUGGAGUCCCACCGGCGGGCGGCCCACCCCUCCGCCCGGCCCUUCGAGUGCUCGGCCUGCGACCAGCGCUUCCCCCGCUCCUACGACCUGCUGGCCCACCGGCGGGUCCACACCGGGGAGCGGCCCUUCACCUGCCCCGUCUGCGGCAAGGGCUUCGCCCAGUCCUCCUACCUGACCACCCACCGGCGCACCCACACUGGGGAGCGGCCCUUCCAGUGCCCCGUCUGCGGCCGGCGAUUUGCCGACUCGUCCAACCUGGCCUCACACCGACGCACCCACCCGGAGCCGGUGGCGGCCCUUUAA